AUACAACGAUACAUAUUAGAAUGAAAGGUCACAAUACAUAAUGUGAUAGAUAUAGCACUGGGGUGGCGAAAGACCCUCAGGUCAUCAAAGUCUGCCACCCCUAAAAAACAAAAAUAUUAGUAUAUAAACAGGCAGCUGAAUCAUAUGACUACGAGUUCAGUUAAUAAAGCUAUUAAUUACGAUAAGAUCUAUCUAGGUAGGCCUAUACAAGAAUCGACAAAUAUAACACCUCGUUGGUGUACGUAGGAUGCAAGGUUCAAGUUGAUUUUGAUUUGAGUAUUAAACGUAUUUAUACAGUGUGAAUAAGAUGAGAAAAAAAUAAAUAAAUUAUACUAAAUAGUACAUACUCAUUAUAUGUACAGCACACGUUCAUAAACAUAGUUACAAAGUUCAUAAAUUAGAAUGUACAGCAUAUAAACAACAUCUAACAGACUUAUACAAUACUAGGUUAUAAUACUACAACUUCUACAAUAUUAAAGUACAGCAGACAAUAAGUUCAAGGUAUUUACAUAUAUAUAGUUGAAAUAAGCUAUUUCUAAGAAAAAUAUUAGAAUUUUGGGAAGGGUAAACUUUUAUAUAUACAGGAAUGUGCAGGUAUGACGCUCCAGAGUUUAACAACACGAACUUUAACAGAUUUAUUACAAGAACGCAGUUUUUAUACCUUGGUAGGUGAUAUGACAUUGAUAAAUUUAUACAGUGUGAUUCAUUGUAAGAUGAAAACAAAUUAAAACGAAAUAGUACAUACACAUUAUAAGUACAGCACACGUUCAUAAACAUAGUUACAAAGUUCAUAAAUUAGAAUUAUAACAAAUAAUAUAAUUAUACAAUAUUCUAUGAUGGCUAGGUGUGGUAUAGUACUGUAUAGUGAAAAACACCAGUGAGUGCUUUAAGUAACAUCACGGACACAGAGAAAAGGGAAUUAAUUAUUUUAUUUGCUAUGUUUUCGAUAUGUAUGUUUUAUAUCCUUGUUUCAUAUUAAUGUACUUAUUAUGAAUUCGGGUUGGGUGAGAUGGAAAGAUUAAUGAACCACCAGGGGCGCCAGCGUUUCGUUAUUUUUCAACAAGAGAACAAGUGUAUUGAAGUUGAUGGUGGUACAUAACUCUGGAGUCAUCGUUAAACUUGGAGCUGCAAGGAAACAUACACAAUUGUCUCAAUUAAAAUGUUCUGCUAAUGCCAAGUUAAUAACAUGUUUUAGACAAUCUACUCCGGUUGGUAGCUAAGGACUCCGGUCAUAUAUAAAGGAGUAUUUGAUAUGGAUUCCGAAGGUGUGAAUUUGUCAGGCAACCCGUUCGCUCAACUGUUUCCUAGUUUAAGCGAAGCACAACACUUUAGUGUCAAAGCUACCUUACCAUCACCAGAUUCCAAUAAAAGUGAUGAAGAUAAAAAAGAGACAAAAACGGAGCAUACAGCUUUUGAAACCAGGAAGUUAUUAUCUGUCAGCUAUCUUCUAGAGAGAAUAUUUCUUAUUACUCUUGACAAAGGUAGAUAUUCAUUGACAGAUGGGCUGAGACCUAGCUUCUGUGUGUACCUCGCUGAACUCCAUGACACGUUGGAAGGCCAAACAUGGCUGGACAGAGACUGUUUGGAACAGGCUGUGUUUGAGAGACUGAUGCAUGAUGAUUCCGCGACAGCCGUGAUUCCGACUCGAAACGCACAGCAUUUGAACCGCGAUGGCACCACUGCAGCAGCAGAGCCCCGCAUUCUCCCCUACUUGUGUCAGUGCUACAUCAGAGCAUGCAAGGAGGAAGCACUUGCUGACAAGACUUCCGACGAGGAUAUAUUUCGCCACGUUCAGAAUGUGAUAGUAUCGAAUUCAAAGACAGCUCUAAUUAUGAACGAGCUUUAUGCCAACCAAGAUAUACAAAGUCAACUUCUGACUAUUUUUCAUGAGCACAUCAAUUUUUCAGAGUGCGAGGCAAUGUAUAGGUUCUUGGAGGCGGUUGCCGUGGCAGUUGAUUCAGCAGACGAAGCAGAGCUUUCCGAUAUCUGGUCACCUGUACUAGAAGAGAUGAGGAAGAGCAUACUUGCGCUUUCGCUGGUCGACUCUGCGGCCUAUCAAUACAUGGAGCUGCUAAAGUUUCUCACACAUACAGCUUGCCUUGCUCGGGUUGUGGUUGAGUUCACGACCCCGAAGAAUCCAGACGAUGGCCGAGCAUAUGAGACCAGCCUACUGGGAUGCACCAUGUCGCUCUCAUGUCUCGUCAAGAACCCUGCUGCAGAGCAUGGCUUCUUUGAAAAUCCAUCCUCCUCGUCUCAACAGGAGCACAAGAUCACAGAGCAAAAUGUGUGGCGGCCUAUCAAGGAGCUGAACGAUAGCGUGUAUACUGUGUUUUACAACCUGCUGAGAGCAUCCCCAGAUAUACGACAUCGCAUGCUCGGGUGGCUAGGAGGCUGUCUGCGUGCAAACUCAGGCAGGACGAAGCUGUGGACUAAUCACCAGUUUGACGACGUCGUGAGCCCAUAUGCUUCUGAUGGCUUUCUACUCAACCUGACUAAUGUGCUGCUGAGACUGUGCAAGCCGUUCGCUGAACCGAUGUCCCAAAAGCUUCUUCGCAUUGACUUGUCCUACAGGAUGGCUGUAGCUUCUAGUGAUCAAGAUGCUAAGGAGAGAGGAAUCCACAUGAGAGGUCUGGCAAAGGAGACUUGUCUAAUACCUGCAGCAGAAGGUGAUAACAACAACGGUGACACCACACAAGUCCGCUACAAUUUUAGUACAGAAUGCUUCUUCAUGGCACAUUACAGCUUCUACCUCGGAUUCCAAGUAGUGCAUGGAAAACUAGUGAAGCUUUCACAGGAACUGGGACGGAUACAGAGGGUAUGGGAAGAUGCACGGGACAUGGCUGGAGAUAGCAACGACAGUGUGCGGAGAAUACACCAAGCCAUGGAUAAGGGAAUGACUCGCUUUCUGUCGAUGAAAGCUGGUCUCUUGGAGCCACACUCUCUUGAACUGGCGCUCAAUUUUCACGUUGCCACGGCGACGCUCCUGAAUCAUCUGGGAAGCAGCCGGCCUGGUGCUGCGGACUACCAGCCGAUGGUGUUCCCUUUGGUUGAGGAAGGUUCAGAGUCGCUGGAAAACAUACCGGAGUUCAUGAUGGAGAACGUCGUCGACUUCAUGACGUUUCUGCGGCGAUUUCAGGAUGACAUGUUCCAGACUGCGGGUUCACAAUUGGAGCACCUAAUGACAUUGACGCUGGUGUUCAUGGGAUCUCCGGCUAGAAUGCGCAACCCCCAUCUGCGAGCCAAGCUAGCUGAGGCUCUAGAAGCACUCAUGCCACAUCAGGACCAGCGGCUCACCAUGGUGUCAAUGUUGAAUCGUCGGCAGCUGUUUGUGGCGCACCCGCACAUCCGUGAACUAGCUGCGACGCUGCUCCACGUGUUUGUGAGCAUCGAGAUGACGGGACAGUCCGUCCAGUUUGAGCUCAAGUUCAACUACCGGCGACCGAUGUACAUCGCACUCGAGUAUAUCUGGGGGCUGGAUUUGCAUAAGCAACGAAUAAAGGAGCUGGCAGACCACGCGUUGCAGAACAUUGAAGCGACGGAUUCUCCGCUGUUCCUCCGCUUCGUCAACCUCCUCAUCAACGACGCCAUCUUCCUACUGGACGAGGCUCUUCAGGUACCGUCCGAUCUUAUUCCGAUCAACCAGUCUUCCAUCAAAUACUUAGACCUAAUUGCGAUUUUAAUAAUAACGCUCAUAACGCCCGGCCUCUCACGGUCCGCAACGCACUCUCACGUCCGCGCUUUCCUUAACGUCGCGCCGUCUAACGUCACGCGGCCUUCUCAGGCCGCGCGUCUAACGUCGCGCGACAUCAACGUCGCGCCUCUCACGAGUGCCGACGCCUUCAUCCACGAGCACUCGCACCGCCACCACCGUGCUCCAUCCAGAUCCGGCCAGCCGGCGAUGUACGCGACCGAGAAUUUCAGCCUCGCAGCUUACCAGGAGGUGGCCAGUAAGCAGCAGGCAGAGGACGAGCUGCUGGAAGAGGCCCCCGAGGAGUUCCUAGACCCGAUUCUCGGCACCAUCAUGCGAGAUCCUGUCUUGCUGCCAACUUCCGGCCACACCAUGGACAGAUCCACCAUCGCUCGUCACAUCCUCAGCGAUCAGUCGGAUCCAUUUAAUCGGCAGCCUUUAUCUAUGGAGAUGGUCGUUCCCAAUGAGCAGCUUAAGCAACAGAUCAAUGAAUGGAUUCAGGCGCAUAGGGACCAGAAGCAGCACUCGAAACAGCAGUCAUGACAGGGUAGCCGUGGUAUGACGUCCCGAUCUUACUCACGUUCACGAGUAGUGAGUGAUUUAUUCAAGAAUAAUAUGCUGAAUCCUGUUUGGUAACUGUGGUGGCAUAGCUGCACCAACGUACUUCUACAGUGCACCAGCUACGUGGUGUAGUAGUAAAUAAGUGCUGAUAUCAAAUAGAGCUUUUGACAGAAGUGAAAGUAUCAUACUGAGCAGCAUAAACGUUCAAUGCUUACUAUAGCAGGGAACGAGUGAAUGUUCCAGGCGGUACAUCAAAACUGAUUCGCACGGCCUGUUGUAGACUGAUACUGCACCGAAGUCACUAAGCCUGCAGUGACAAACAAGUUGAUUGGGGGGUGUUGUAAAUACGUGGGAUUGUGUUCACCGGGGCAGGCACAGUUAUAAAGUCUGAGGACAAAUAGCGGUAUGGUAUGCGUGCGUGUUGCUAUGGGUGUGGGUCAGAUAAAUUUUAUGAUCAAUACUGCUGAACGUGCCGCUUUAUAGGAUUUGUCGUGUUGUAAUAAAACAUUUCUGAGGUAAAAAUAUCCUGUUCCACAUUUUCAUAAAGUACAUGGGUUUAUAGGAGAUCAAUGAUGGACGUGUAUGUAAUUCUUGUUUAACAGCAUGUUCAUCAGGAUAAUACUAACGGUGAGUGUGUCAGUGACGCAUCGGCGGCCAGCAACGCAUGGCGAUUUGUAAAGUGACGUGACGUGCCAUGUCUCGGUAUGGCAAUAAAACCUAGCUGAAGAAAUAUCCCAUAUGUGGGUUACCUUGCACAUAAAGUUCUGUUCUUGUGAGAGCUUUCUUUUGAUGCGGUGAUUCAGGGCCACUCUUAGAGAGCGGAGGAAACCAAUGCCGUCUCCCCGGCGUCUCCACGUGUCGUUAUUAGAACAUAAGAGAAUAGACCGUGCCAACAAUAAUUACCAACGAUAAUAACUUUGGAAAUAGCAUUCCAACAAUAUUUCUAGCCAUUUCAUCUUUAUUUUGAUAUAAACGACUAAAUACAAGCAUAUUUACGUUUUGGACAUACGUUGGAAUCAGAUGGAAGUGAAAUUAGUUCGACCACGAGACCAUAAUAAUGCAAUGAGCACGAUAAUAAUGCUAGGCAGCCAGAGCGUCGGGUGGUACUCAAUGUCGUAUUUUAGCACAUACGGUGGUGACCGUAACUUAGCACAGACUUGCCUCUUGCGAUAGGACGUGUUUCAGAGAGGGCAAAUCGGCAAUAUCAUGAUUUUCGUUAUAGACUGAUUCUGCUUGAUUCCGCGUGAUUCGCUAUUCCGCGUGAUUCUGCUUCAAAUGCGUUCCGGAGUAUGCCGAUAGUUAUUGUAAUGAAAUGCUUUGUCACCAUCUAUGUGCAAAUUUAAAAUCAAUUUCAAUAAUAUAUA